CGACCCAUAGUCCGUGGCUCGACGAUCGUGUAGCUGUUCCGAAGCUUACCAUGCUUCACGGAGAUAUCGCUAGUGGAAAGUUUCGUCAGACGAAAGUGGUUUAUUGCGCGCGACCGCUCACCGCGGCUAAAUCGUCCGAGCAACGUGUCCGCAUUGUGGAAACCGUACAUUCGUGCGUGCUAUAGUGGACAGUUUUGGCGGAGAUUACGAAUUCGCGACCCGUGCACGGGGGAACCCGUGAUAUAUCCGUGAUUUCGUGACGAGGCCCCCCCCCCCCCUCCGGACGACGUCGAAAGCGGAGACGCCUGGUCUCGGAGGACGUCGCGAACGUGAUCACUGGCGGACAACGACACGUGGAGAGACGGGGCUUUUUGUUUGAUCGCGUCGAGAGCACGGAAAAACGCCUGGUUAGGUCGAUCGACGAGGGACGAAAACGGGCUCUGGAGGGAGAGGAGCGAAGGGAGACGUCCAGAGUGUGGCCCAUUUCCCUUAUCACGAUAAAGCGCGUUGCACCGAGCGGGCAGUGGUCGCCGAGAGGCCUCGCGACAGAACGCGGAGCGAUCGUUUUCACGUACGGAUCAGUUCGGUCGUGGAUCGUAGACGCGAUGGAUCGAACAGCCGCGAGGUCGUCGCCGUCUUGCUCGCCAUCGUCGAUCGAGCGUCUCUGAUCGCACGUGAACGGACCUCGGGGAUUACCCAUUCGUGGAAAAUGGACGUGGAACUGGUCACUCGGGCGUCCUUGAAUUCCCUGCAGACCAGGGACGAUGCACGGAUCGUCACGCCCAACUGUCUCGACGAAUGGACCUGGUCCAGCUUGAGAAAACAGUUCAAAUACAAGAGCCUGGAGAAGCUGUUCACGUUGUACCAGAGGAAGGUCCAAUAUGGUAAUCUGUCGCUGUUCGGUCUGCUGCAACUGGUGCUCGGGACCACGUAUUGUUUGAUCUUGGUUACAGCGGUCCAUAUAGAGAACUGCGUGCCGGACGUGAUCGUCCACAGCGUGGGCAGCGCGCUGCUGUGCCCAGUGAUCGCGAUCUCCUUCCGGUUGAAGAUUAUCGCCGAGAACACCUACAUGCCCGUCAUGCUGUCCUGCCUGAUCGUGGUUCUGUUGGUGAUCGGCGAUCUGGCCGUUCCGUUGUACUACACCCUCACCUGCACCGAGGACCUACCACCGAUAAGACCGGCGUACGCGACGCACGCGCUACUGGCUUGUUACAUCUUCCUGCCUCUCACGGAGAAUCUGCACGCUUUCGUACUCGGGAUCACGGCCACCAUAUGCUACCUGGCCACUCUGUCGUUGAUCACUUACAGAAACACCACCGAUUACACCACAAAGAUCAUCACGGACACGAUAUACUUCGUAUGCGUGAACGGCCUAGGACUGUACUUUCGAUUCAUGAACGAGGUUUGCAUCAGACGAUCCUUCCUCGAUCGACGGAAGUGCGUCGAGUCUACCCUGCGACUGACUUACGAAAAGGAUCAAGAGGAACAGCUCACGCGGAGUAUACUGCCGCAACACAUAGCUACGAAGAUCAAGAAAGACUUUCGGGAUAUUUUCAAGUUCAUUGAGGAGCACAAGAAACCUCCGCCCAAGGGACGAUCUCACAGCGACCUGUGCGUCGAGACGCAUAAAAACGUCAGCAUUCUGUACGCGGACGUGGUGAAUUUUUCUGGCCUGACCGUGGCGUUACCUGUACGAAAAUUGGUCGAAACGUUGAACGAUCUAUUUGGCCGUUUCGACGAGGCUUCCGAGAGGCACAAUGUCCUGCGAAUAAAGUUCCUGGGCGAUUGUUACUAUUGCGUGAGCGGGGUACCAACCCCGAACUCCCAGCACGCGAAGAGCUGCGUGGAUCUAGGGCUCGAUAUGAUCAAGAUCAUCAAGGAAGUAAGAGAGAGACUACGCCGUGAGUGCGGAGUGGACGUGAACAUGCGGAUCGGUGUUCAUUCUGGUAGCAUAAUAUCGGGGAUUCUGGGCGCUAAUAAAUGGCAGUACGACGUUUGGUCCCGCGACGUCGUCAUAGCCAACAAGAUGGAGCAGACUGGUAAACCGGGCAAGGUUCACGUCACCCAGCAGACGUUGGACCUGGUGAACGCGACAGAGUACGACUGCGUCCCCGUGGAGUCGUUGAACGACGAGAUCCUGAAGAAGUACGACAUUCGUAGCUACCUGAUCACGCCCACGACGCCCGUCGACGCUACCACCACGCAGAACAACGAGAACAACUUGACCGUCAUAACGCCGGACUCGUCGCCGGUCGCCAACAGGCAUUACGUGAGAUUCUACAACGUCAGGUCCACCAGCGUCACGUCCAACUCCAGGAACAGCAGACGUUUGACCGCUACUAUUAAUAACCACGUCGACGUGCUGGCCAACACCUACAGACGACGAACGCACUUCAUGGACGCCUGUUUGAAGGAUUACCAUCUGAUGCUGAAAGCCGCGGACACGGAGAUGGAGAAUGCUAUUAAGCAAAUGCCGCUCACCAAGUGGGAACAGUGGUUCAAAUGGGAGCACAUAAAUCCAUUGUUGUUAACGUUUCAACAAUGGAACUGGGAGAUUCCGUUUCUGAAGGAACCGGACCCGCUAUUCAAAUUUUACAUCAGCUCCGCCACUUUCGUCCUGAUAUUUAUGGGACUUAUUUACUUGGUACCUACGCUUUCUUUUUCCGAAUGGCACGCGAGCACGGCGGUCAGUUAUUCGGUGGCUAUGUUAUUUUUGAUCGCUUUACUGCCGAUAGCCUGGAUGCAUUUCGCGUGGAACUGGUACAAGGACCCUCACGACGAACACGAGGGGCAAGUUCCCCAUCCACGUAAUAAAUUACUGUGUUUUCUCUAUCAGAGCAGCGUGAAGGUUGUUUGGAGCGCCUAUCUCAGGACGAUCCUCUACCUGGUGAUAACGAUAAUGUUAGCGGCGUGUGCCAUGUUCGAUAUGAUCUUCGAAUGUAAAAACGUGGACAAGCUUGCCAACAACAACAUAACGUCCAGCGUGGCUGAGUCUGGUGCAUCCGAUCUCGGCUGUAUAGCCACACCUUGGCAAAUGACGCAAACUUGUUCCCUGGCAAUCCUCACGAGUUUUUUGUUUCUGCGAGUUCAUUACGUCCUAAAGCUAGUAAUAGGCAUCGCUGUAGUGGGAUUUUAUUCAGGGAAUGUUUGGAUACAUCGUUCGAAUUUGUUUCAGUCGGGCGACAGGUGGAAUCCGCACUUAGAACCGAGCCUGGCGCACAUUUUAAGCGUAGUUUUCCUUACAUUUUCUUUGCAUCUCAUUGACCGUCAGGCAGAGUACCUGAGCAGACUGGACUAUCUGUGGAAACGUCAGCUAACGAAGGAACAGGACGAAGCGUUCCACACGAGGAACGCUAAUAAACUUCUGCUACGCAACAUCUUGCCUGAACACGUUGCAAAGUUCUACUUGAACAUGAACAGAACCGAGGAGAACGAACCCUAUCACGAGGCUCACAACAACGUGGCCGUCAUGUUUGCCUCGUUGAUGGAUCUCUGCAUCGACGAGAGCGACAUCCUGGCGGACCUCAACGAGAUCAUCUGCGAAUUCGACAAACUGUUGUUCGAGUCGCAUUUUGUUUGCCGGAUCGAGAAGAUCAAGAUCGCUGGCACUACGUACAUGGCAGCCUGUGGAUUAGAAGCCAGUCGACGUGAUUCGAUGCUCAGUACCGAGGACGAGGAAGACUUUAACGACAACAUAGUAAAAGUGAUGGCUCAGUUUGCGGCUGAAAUGAUGGAAGUCCUAGAUAAAUUAAAUGCUAGAUCAUUCUACACGUCGAAACCCUAUAGGUUGAGAAUUGGAAUAUCUCACGGUGAGGUGACGGCUGGAGUAGUGGGCGCUCAGAAGCCAUUGUAUGAUAUUUGGGGGGACGCUGUUAACAUGGCAUCGAGGAUGGACACAACCGGUGUCCCAGGAAAGAUACAGGUCACGGAGGAAACUGCGGCCGUGCUCGAACAGCAGGGCGUCAAGUGCCACCUUCGAGGAUCCACGUACGUGAAACCAAAGGGAUACGUGACGACGUAUUUCGUGGGGAUCGAUGAGAAACGAAAGCUCCAGCGGACGGACUCCAUCGAAGAAACCAGACUGUGAUCGAAACAAGCUGAUUUCGAACAAUCGAACCUACCUCGGUCGUGGUGGCCGCGUUGAUCCCGAAAGACGGUGUGAAAAGUGAGACAUUAGGUAUCUAGGUGAACGCAGAAAGACAGAAAAAAGAAAAAAAGAAAACCAAAGAAAAUUCGAAAGACCAAAGAACGAGAAGCACAGUUGUACAGCUGUAAUUCUGUGUGGAAUACCUCAAGAAAAAAAAAGAAAAAAAAAAAAAAAGAAACAGUGAUAUGCAACGUUGUUGUGAAUCGACAAAAAGGAAUUUUAAAUAGCAUCUUUUUACGAAGGAACUGAGAAUGAUUUUAUACGACCAGUACAUGUGUAAGAACAGCUUUAUACGCAACGCGUGAAUGGUCGAGAUAUUGUCAUCACCGAACAAACAUUUGAUUUGUGUAUUUAGAACGUUUAUAUUGUACAUAAACAAACGUGUUUUUAAAUGGUUACACUCGGGAGACGCUGUCCUUAAACGAUGCACAACCCAGUUGAAAGUACGAUGUAAUUAAUCAUCGGUUGUAUGAUUCAGGGAGAAAAGGAUUUGUCGAUAGUCGUAAAUCUGAUCAGUAAACAAACGAUACGGUUUCGAGUUUCGGUCAAUUCCUUUCCUGCCUACGUUCGCAUUGGUAAUUGUUUGCAAGCGACAAUUCAACACUUAGUGAUUCGAGAGAUAAUCAAAACAGAUGCAUGUGUUUUAUUUGUGUCGAUGCAUGCGAAUGAUAACGACGUUUCUCAGCUGUAUGUUAAAUGUACGAUGUACCGUGUCUGAUAAAGAAAAAAGGUAGAUAGUUCGAGAUAUUUAUUAACGUAGACUCUGGAUACGAGAAGGGUUCUUUCGGACGAGCAUCUGCGCGAACUAGUACGUUUGUCCCUUUUCUCGCACUUGUAUUCACUUUUUCAAUCGAAAACCUCUACAUUACGUGCAAAUUUACUCCGAGAUUAUAGUAAAGAUUCAGCCUUGUAUAAACGCACAGUUUCGUGCUUCUAUAAAUGGCUAAACGAACCAAAGUGCGAAAAAGAAAGAAUUAUUCCUGGGAAAAAUUUUAAUGGGGGAUU